AUGGCCAAGCUCUCCAUUUCUACCUACUUAACAAUGCUAACUUUCUUGAUUUUCCACUUGAAAAUGCUAAAUGCUGACUCAAGUUACUCCUUUUCCUUUGAAAGCUUUGAUAAAAAUCUAAACUUUGAGUCCAACAUUGCUCUUUAUGGUGAUGCAAAGGUUGUUGGUAAUGGUUCUUCUCUUCAACUCACUCACUCAGUGAGUUCAAGUGCUGGACGAGUCAUAUACAAGAAACCCCUCAAGCUUGUUGAAGGUAAUCCUGGAAAUUUGGUUUCUUUUUCCACUUAUUUCUCAUUCUUGAUGUCACCUGAUAAUGGAGAUGGUUUAGCUUUCGUUAUGGUUCCUAGUGGUUUUGAUGUAAGGGUGUUUGAUAACAACCCGUUUGGGCUUUAUUUAGGAUCGGAGAAAAGUAUUCUUAAAUUUGUUGCUGUUGAAUUUGAUACGAUGAGGGAUGCUAAGUAUGGUGAUUUGAAUGACAACCAUGUGGGAAUUGAUGUGGGUGGUUUUGUAUCAGUUAAAGUGAGAAACGUUUCAUCUAAUAAUAUUGUUUUGAAUAGUGGAAAAAGAUUGCAUUCUUGGAUUGAUUAUGAAGCAGGUUCGAAAAGAUUUGAUGUUAGAUUGAGUCAAUCUGGUGAUAUAAAGCCAAUUGAUCCAUUGGUCUCUCAUCCAAUUGACUUGUCCAAAAUGUGGAAUGAUGAGAAAGUGUUGAUAGGCUUGAGCUCAUCAAAUGGGAAUUCUUCUCAGACAUGUUUCCUCCAUUCAUGGAGCUUUAAGGCAAGGCGUGUCCCGCAUUGGAUGCAUUCUCAGCCACUGGAUCCUCAGGCUUUUGCUAAACAUGUGAAACCAGUGGUAGUUCAAAAGAAGAGUGAUUGUAUUUUGAAAAUGCUUGCUGCAAUGAUCUUUGGUACCGCUUGUGGAGCACUGGGGGCAUUCAUGGUGUUGUAUCUUUGGACCAUAUUUGGCAAUAGGCGCCCUGUCGUGCCUGAAGACUGUUCUGUCCACCCAGCGGAAUUUGAAUACAAGAAAGUGAAAGUAGUCGUAGAUGAAGCCGUCAAAGAUGGCAAGCAUUAG